GACUGGUAUCGCGAACCUGACAUCACCAUCCCCUCCUGGCUGUCCACGGAUUCGCCUUUCCAGCAGCCGCCCCCGCCGCAAGACCGCUUGGCAGCUGUCAUCUCCACGGAGAGCUGGCCGAGUCGAGGUGGAUUCAACUGGCAGGUUUGCCUGCCGACAGCAAGCAAGAAUUGA